AUGUCAACUCCAAAUAGACGCGACGUCUUCGAUAAGGUAAUGCCAAAAGGACGAAAAACGGCGCUACAACGAAGUAGAAAUCUUGUUAAAAUAUAACUGCGAGUUCCAAAUCGUAACAGUUCCAUUCCGUGCGAGUUCUACUUCGUUGUAGAGCCCGAAAAACAAGUCGAACAUUUUGGUUAUUUUAUUAAUUUGAGGGAUCUAUCAGAAUUGCCUGAAAUCUUGAUCAUUCGGAUUUACUUGCAGAAUACUCGCCAUGUCAUCAAUGCAGAUAUUGAAAAAAUGCGUGAAACGCAGAGAAACAGAGUAAGACAACACAAUUCAACAGUUCCUCAAAACCAUUGCAAUUAUUCAGAUGCCGGAGGCGAUGGAGGAGGACGAUGAAGAUUGUGGACCGUUCCAUCUGACGCCGGAGCAGAAGGCGGAGCAAACCCGGAAGAGACUUGUGAUCGAGCAACUUCGCUAUGAGCAUAACCAACGGAUGGCUCUCAAAAGACAAGCUGAAGAUACGUUUGAGCUUUCCCCGGGCGAAAGACUCAAGUGAGUCCAACAGGCUUCUGUUCUGAUCACAACUUCAACCUUCCAGCAUUCGUCAUCGCAACCCGAAGCACAGUCGUCUCAUCGAGCGGGAGAGAGGAGCCACGCUGCACGAUGACUACAUCCUGUCACAGGCCGCUUCGUACGUGAUCCUCAUCCUCUUUUUCGUCUUCGUUCUCUUCUACGUUCUGCCAUUCAUUUUCUCCUUUCUGAAAUUCUUCUAGUGAAAUUUUGUCCUAUUUUUGUCAAUCCUUCCAUGCUGUUCAUUCUAUGUCAAAAUCCGUGUUCCAUGCCAAUAUGUUAAAUGAAAUGUUUCGUGGGAUUUUGUUUUGACCUCACGAUAACAGCCCCGUUCACCAAACGAAUCACACGUACCUAAAAUAUCACGGACCUCCUCAGUUUUUGUUUGCUUUACAGCGGGCUCCGAACGAAAAGAGAGGCUCAAAUGGAAGCUGCGAACUCCCGGCGAAGCAUCGAAGAGGUGAUGGUGCGAGCAGCGGAGCAUGCGAGGAAAGAGGACAGACAUCGGCAGGGAGGCUUCGAGUUCGUCGCUUUGGCUGGCCACAUUCUCGAGAGUUCGUGCAAGCACCCGGGCGAUUUGGAAGAGCCGAACUGUUUGGUGAGCGGUCACACCGUCACCCACUUUGUAGAAGGAUCCAAUUGCAGAAGUGCAAGUACGACAGAGAACUGAAACUGGAGGAGCUCCCCGAAAUGGUUUUCGCUCGCAAUUCUCUCACCAUUGGAUUCAUUGGUUCUCCCGCGUUCAUCGAGUUCACCGCACUCGACGCACUCAAAAUGGUCUGUGCUGAUCGACUUCCGGAUGUGAAAGUGGGCGCGUCGACAGCUUGGCAAAGUGCCAGAAGGGACAAGAUCCAGCAGAUCUCCGAGCAUCAGAAGCCGUUCGACUGGACGUACACCACUCAUUACAAAGGAACUGUGCACGGAUGUCGGGUUGGUAGAAACGGAGAGGAACUAAGGGAAAAGGAGAGUUUAGGUGGAGCCGACCGUGGAACGAAUCGAUAUGGAACGGCUGAAGAAACGCGACGAGAUAAUGUUCUCCUCGUCUGUGACCCUGUUCGAAGACGAACUCGCCGACCACGGAAUCGCGCAGCUCUCCGCCCGUAUCCGUGUCAUGGACGCCGGCUAUUUUUUCGUGCUGCUUCGUUUCUAUAUGCGCGUCGACAACGUGCUCCUCAGGUUCAUUCUCUUUUCACUCACCGCCUUCAUUUGCCUACUUACAGAGUCUGUGAUACUCGCAUCGUCGGCGACAGCGGCGAGCGACGUGUGAUUCGUGAGUGGCAGCUCCGCGAGGCUAAGUACGAACAGCUAGGACACGUGGAUCCGGAGGCCCUUCUAGACAUCGACCGUGCGUGGAUGUACUUGCCGAUCGUCCAACAAGAAGUCGACUGCAUUUCUGCCGAAUAACCGAUCCUACUAAUGUGUCUUUAACUCAUUCCUCUCUUUGUUUUGUGAAACGUAUCUGAAAUUUCGUGAUGAAAGACUAUUGUCAAACCUCCAUGAUCUUCCUGCUUCAGCCCGUCUCGCUCGCUCUCCGCCGCCGCCAGGAAGCAUGUGUUUUUUCGAUGUCAUCUUGUCUCCCACUCGAAUUUCCAACAAUUUCUUUCCCUCUACGUUUUGUUGUCUUUUGUUGUGCUCUCGCCGCGCCGAGAGAAGGAUUGAUGCAACUCUUCGGGCGCCCAUCACCUGCCCGUCUUCCCCUCCCUCUCGUUCUCACUUCGGUUUACAAUGCAAUUGAGCUGCAUGCACUCCUCCCUCGCUUUCCUUUUCUCUCUUUCUCUCUCCGAAGUCGUGUGAGCAAUCUGGUGGGCCCGGAGAGCCAUGCGUUUCUGAUUUGAUCCGGUUUCGACUCAACCCGCUUCACAAGUGCGCUUUUUUCAGGAAAGACUAGAAUCUAGAGAGUUCCCCAGUUUCCACAGUUUGAAAGCUCUCUAGUAAGAAUUCUGAGAACUGAGUACGCUCACAAUUCUUUCCAGCUCACUUCCUGAUAUCUCAUUUUAUGACCUCUUCCUACUCGUCCCCCGAUCAUAAAGUGAGCACAGAGACGGGCUCACUUCUUCUGCCCUUUUCUCUUGCGCAGAGUUUUGCUUAUUUCCUCUGAAAAGAGCUCUCAAGUGUGUCUCGAAUCAGCCUGUACGCUUCCCUCAUUUUCCCCGCGUUGUCCUUGUUUUCAUUCGACUUCCGGCUCCAUUCACACGUGUUUCGACGAGCACAUCUGGCUCAAAUCAUUCGAAAACGAGAGAAACUAUAGUCACACUGCGAACAAAAAACCGGUCGGUGACAAAUGGCAGCCCAUUUCUCGCGAGUUCUAAUUGCUCGAGCCGCGAGGGUCCAUCUUUAUUUCUCUGGUACUCUCUCGUUUCUGAGUACUCUUUCGCCUUUUCAGGGAGUUCGGAACAUCAGAAGGAGGCAAUGGACAGGAGGAGAGCAUGAAGAAGCACACGCAUCAUAAGGUGAGCACGGCAAGAAUCGGAAAACGGUGUUGCUUGUAGGCUUAUGGUGACUCGACUGGAAAAGAGCCUUUGAUCGACUUGCAAAUAAUCAGAGAAUGGCUGUCUUCGUUCGGCAAUCAGGGACACUCUUCCGAAGCAGUUCUCAAUGUUCUCUUCACUUUGGGGGUGAUUCUGAAGGAGGAAGGAUGGGAAACGGACGGAUUUGCAGGUGCUCUUGUUCGUCAUCUACCAAUGCGGAUCCCUUUUGCACCGAAUGAACAGGCGAGUGGAGAAGCAGUUGGAGAGCAGGACGAAGCAGAAAAGAGUGGAAAUGUCGGACAAACAGACCGGAGAUGAAAUGGUAUUCACUGAUCUUCACGAGAACGUCAUCAGAGAAAGAAUGGUAAGCAGGUGGAAUUCGAAUUGAAUCAGAGUGGAAACGUCUUCAGAUUCCAUAUCGGAUGCCCGUGAUUAACGACGACUUGACCCUCCGAAACUCGCAAAUAUUCUAUGAGGAAAUGAAAAUGCGAAGGAGUUGUCGGCAGUUCAGUUCUCGCGACGUUCCGUUGAAACUGAUUCAGAACCUGCUCAAAACGGCUGGUUCGUUUGUUCUGUGUUCCCCAAACAAUCAAAGUCUUCAGGAACUUCCCCUAGCGUCGGAAAUCUGCAGCCGUGGACGUUCUGUGUCGUCUCGAGCGACUCGAUAAAAACUAUGAUUCGAAAAAUAUUGGAAGCGGACGAAAGGGAUAAUUACGUUUCCAGAAAGUAAAACUGAACAUGAUCCUAUGAAAAUCAAAGUGGGAAUGUUUACAGAAAAGGAGCGUCGUGGGUGGUGGACGUCUCCCAACUGCAAGACACGUGGCGUCGGCCUUACAUCACAGACGCUCCGUUCCUUUUGAUUGUCUGUCACGAGGUAUUCCCCUACUUUAUCGUUCGACUUAUUCUGAAAAGCUUGCAGAUAUUCCGAGACGUGAACAACAAAACAGAACGGGUCUUCCACUAUAACCAAAUAAGCACUUCGAUUGCUGUAGGCAUCCUCUUGGCUGCUAUCCAGAAUGUCGGCCUCAGCACUGUGGUGACGUCGCCACUCAACGCCGGCCCGGAUAUCUCUCGCAUACUUCGGAGGCCGGAGAACGAGAGCGUGAGUCGUUCGAAUCCGUCGCAAGUGUGCGAAUGCUUCGUUUUCAGAUACUUUUGCUCCUUCCACUUGGCUACGCUUCCGAAGACGUCAUGGUGCCCGAUCUCAAGAGAAAACCGGUUGAACAUAUCACAAAACUCUACUGA